ACAGCGGCAGGAGACGCGUCUGGCUCUGCUGUCUGUGCCCACUGCUGGCGAUCGGAGUCACCCCACCUUGUUCUAGGGCUGGGGACCAGCUCCUGUCGCUGUCUAUCGCAGAGAGAUCCCAAAUUCAAACCCAGAUUCUUCUGCGAGACAGAAGCACGAGUUCAAACAUGGAUUCUACCAGAAAAGGAAAGGCCACAGAAGGAAAAGCUCGGACUGGCUAUCCUCUUGCCAAGAGGUUUCCCAUGGCAAAUCCCUCUAUGCUCCUUCCCUCCAAGCCCUUGCCUCCCAUUCAGAAGAGCUCUCCUGCUAGCAAGCCAAACAAGAUCUGCAGCGGAGAGCAGGAGAAUGGGAAAAAGGGCACUGGCUGUGAUGACAACCUCAGAAAUAACAAGGAGCUUCAUUCAGAGGGAACAGGACAUAAGGCAUCCUUGCUGUAUUCCCGUGGUGGGGAUGUGAAGAAGGGGUCAUUGGGACUGCCUGUGAUCCCCCCUAUCCACAAGGCAGUCCGUCCCUGUGUUGGCAGUGCUGCAGGCUCUCUGCACAGCCCUCUGCAGCUGGAUGUCCAAGAGUCCCAGGAGAUGAGGCCAAGAUCCAGCAGCAGAAGCAGAGAGAGCUCUGAACAUGCAGGCCUGUCUCCCAACGGUACUGCCAAGAAUCUUUCCAGGUCUCCUCCCUCUAUGCUCCUUCCCUCCAAGCCAUUGCCUCCCAUCCGGAAGAGCUCUCCUUCCAGGCUGCCAAGCCCAGUGUGCAGUGGAGAGGAAGAGAGAGGGGGAAAUGGCAUUGGCUACAAAGAUAGCAGUAGAAACAACCAGGAGCAGAGUUCUGAGGGAAAAGGACGUGAGGCAUCCUUGCUGUAUUCCCGUGGUGGGGAUGUGAAGAAGGGGUCAUUGGGACUGCCUGUGAUCCCCCCUAUCCACAAGGCAGUCCAUCCCCGUGUUGGCAGUGCUGCAGGCUCUCUGCACAGCCCUCUGCAGCUGGAUGUCCAAGAGUCCCAGGAGAUGAGGCCAAGAUCCAGCAGCAGAAGCAGAGAGAGCUCUGAACAUGCAGCACAAAGCCAGAGGACGAAGGGAAAGAGCCCCUGGUGUGUGAUAGGACCUGGGAUGCCUCUGUUCCCACGGAAACUGGCUGAAUUGUUCAGCAUGGAGACCUAUGUGCGGAACCCCGGCGCUGGGAAUGGAGGUCUGGGCUCCCGGCCGGCUCAGGGGGCCUCGGCCCAGGAGCCCCGGCAGGGGCAGCUGAGCAGCGCUGCCCCCAGGGUCACUGCCAGGGAGGAGGACAAGGGGAAGGGCCAGCAGGGCUCAGCCUCACUCAGAGUACCAGGCCUCCCACUGAGCCAGGCCCAGGAGACGGAUGGUCCCAGCAGUCCUGGUCUUAGGAGUGACAAAGACCUGAGGGACGGCUUUGGAAAGAUCCGUGCUGCAUUGUGCAAGUUGGCAUGAAAAGAACUUAGAGCCAGAGGAUGUGGAGAUUUUUGAGAAGGAAAUG